CAGAUCUUAAUUCAUAAUUCCGCUAGGACUUAUUCUUCAAAGCACAUUUCUAGAGUCCAACCUCCAUCUCUCAUCAAGUAAUUAAUUCACAAACACUAGAUGAGUUGCAAAAUAAACUCCUUGAGCCCACCAUUUCCAUGCAAAUUGUGCACCAAGAAAUCAAAGUUUAGAAGAAGAAGAAGAAGCACUAUCUUCUUUUCCUUUUCAAGUGAAAAACAGGAAAAUACCAUUUCCACAAGUAUUGAACCCUCAACAACCGAGUCUUACACUGUCAGUUUCAAGACAGAAAAGGGUUGCAAGCUUGAAAUUUCAAGGUAUCCUGACUUUGAGUAUGAUGCUGAAGGGGGAAUAGGAACUGGAGUUGGUGCGAAGGUCACAGAGAAUUCAACCGAAAGUGACCUUCCUGUUUCAUUUGAUCUUGAAACUUUGUAUAUUCCACCACUAACAAGUUCUACAACCAAGUUUCUUGGAUUGCCAUUGCCACCAUUUUUGAAGAUUGAUAUAGUUCCACAAGCAUUCCAAGGAAGUAUUAACCAAGAAUCUGGCAAGGUUGAUCUUGAGUUCAAGGCCAGAUUCAUUUUUUCUGCUGGUAGUCUCUAUAAGGCUGCCCCACUGCUGGUGAAGACAGUGUUGACAUCUGAAGAAUCAAAGGGCAUUGUGAAGAGUGGAAGAGGCAAGAGAUUGGAUAAAGAGGGAAAAUGCAGACUGGUUGGUGUGGCAACAGUUGAUCCUAUUGAUGAUUUCCUUAUGAAUUCCUUUCUUGGUCUUCCAACUGAGUGCCUUGCUGACUUAAAGGCUGUAAUCUCCAUUUCUUCCUCAUCUUAAGAUCUCAUCACUAAACUUUGACAUUUGUUGAAGUCUAGUUAGAGUCUGUUUAUGUACAUUUUUCCAAAAGUAAAUAUUAGAAGAAAAAAAAUGUAAUAAACUUUUUUAAAAAUUAAAAUUAUUUUAUGUAUAAA